GUAUAUUUACUUCCGGUGUCUCUCCCGUCUUUGAUUUUUCCAGAGAUCACGAAAAAAUCUGAUACAAGAAAUCUUUGUUUCGCUGGUCUUGUUUGGUUCAAUCUCGACUCGUUGGUUUAUUCCGGUUGUGAAUUUUCAUAUAUUAAUAGGACCGACGAAGCAGAUUUCUAGCGAGGCAAAAAAAGAGGAAAAACCCUAAAAUCGCCAUGGAUAAGGAGAGAUAUUCCAGGAGCCACCGUGACGAUCGUGAUCGUGAUUCGAGUCCGGAACACUCUCCCCAACGUGAAGGCGGACGCCGACGUGAUCGCGACGGUGAUUCGAAGAGGCGUGAUUCAGACCACCAUCGGUCAUCGAGGCGCGAGGAUGAGAGAGAUAGGACUAAGGAUAGAGCUCGGGAUAGAGGUAGAUCUGUAGAGCGAGGUGAGAGGGAAGGGAGUAGAGAUAGGGAAAAGCACCACCAUGAGAGGUCUCACGAAGGGAGUAAAGAUAAGGAUGCUAGGAGCAAGAGGAAAGAUAGAGACGAAGAGAAUGGGGCUAGGGAUGCUAAGAAGAAAUCUAGGUUUUCUGAUGGCAAUGGUGAGAGGAGGAGUAGGUUUGAGGAUGUGGCUGUGGAAUCUGAGAACAAGAAUGCUCACUUCACUGAGGGUUCUGGGGCUAUGAAUUCCACCAGUGGCGUUUCUAUUGGCGCCUCUUCAAUUAGUUCUGUUGCAUCGGAAGCUUCUUUGGCCCCUAGUCAAACCCUGCUCACUAAGGUAUCUUCGAUAUAUACAACGGAUGAAAAUAAGGAUAGUAUUGUCAGAUCUCAUGAGGUUCCUGGAAAAUCUAGUACAGAUGGAAGAUCAUUGUCAACAGCUGGGAAAGGUAGUUCAAACUUGUCUGAUGAUGCGAUAGCCAAAGCUAAAAAAGCACUACAGUUCAAGCACAAGGGAUUGGCGGAUAGACUGAAGAAACUUCCUUUGUUGAACAAGGGUACCAAGUCAACUACAGAAGGUAGCCAACAUACCAAACUACCAUCAUCGACUACCAUUCCUGCUGUCUCUACUGGAACAUCUUUUACUUCAGCAGUGCCACAUUCUGGCCUUGCUGAUUUUGGGAGUAUUCCCAACAUUGAAGCUGUUAGGCGAGCUCAGGAGCUGGCAGCAAAAUUGGGAUUUCACCAGGAUCCAAAUUAUGCUCCCGUUAUCAACCUAUUUCCAGGUCAGGCACCCUCAGACACGGCUGCACAAAGACCCGCCAAGCCCCCUGUUCUGCGCGUAGAUGCACUAGGAAGGGAGAUAGAUGAACAUGGAAAUGUUAUUAGUGUGACUAAACCAAGCAAUCUUAGUACAUUGAAGGUUAACAUAAACAAACAGAAGAAAGAUGCUUUUCAGAUUCUUAAACCUCAACUGGAAGUAGAUCCAAAUGAAAACCCCCAUUUUGACCCAAGGAUGGGUAUUGAUGCAAACAAAAUUCUGAGACCUAAACGUAUGACUUUCCAGUUUGUUGAGGAAGGUAAGUGGACAAGAGAUGCUGAGAAUUUGAAGUUAAAGAGUCUAUUUGGUGAAGCAAAAGAAAGGGAGCUUAAGGUGAAGCAAGCACAGCUGGCAAAGGCAAAGGAUGAUAUAAAUCCAAAUUUGAUAGAGGUAUCGGAACGUGUCCCUAGAAAAGAGAAGCCCAAGGAGCCAAUUCCAGAUGUUGAGUGGUGGGAUGCAAAUGUCCUCAUCAAUGGCGAAUAUGGCGACAUAGCUGAUGGCAGCAUUACUGAAAGUCAUCUAAAGAUAGAAAAACUUACUCAUUAUAUUGAGCAUCCUCGUCCCAUAGAGCCACCUGCAGAGGCAGCGCCCCCACCACCUCAACCUCUUAAACUGACAAAGAAGGAACAGAAGAAACUGCGAACCCAGAGGCGUCUAGCAAAAGAAAAGGAUAAACAGGAGAUGAUCAGACAAGGUCUGCUUGAACCACCAAAAGCAAAGGUGAAAAUGAGCAACUUAAUGAAGGUUCUUGGGGCUGAAGCGACCCAAGACCCAACCAAGCUUGAAAAAGAGAUCCGCACAGCAGCUGCAGAGCGUGAACAGGCUCAUACAGACAGGAACGCAGCACGGAAGCUGACUCCUGCAGAGAAACGUGAGAAAAAAGAGAGGAAGCUUUUCGAUGAUCCAACAACUAUUGAAACAAUUGUGUCAGUGUACAAGAUCAAAAAGCUAUCACAUCCUAAAACAAGAUUCAAAGUGGAGAUGAAUGCAAGAGAGAACAGAUUAACAGGGUGUAGUGUGAUGACGGAUGGAAUGAGUGUGGUUGUGGUUGAGGGCAAAAGUAAAGCGAUAAAGAGAUACGGGAAGCUGAUGCUGAAGCGAAUAAACUGGGAAGAGGCAGAGAAGAAGGAAGGGAAGGAUGACAUGGAAGAAGAUGAUGAAGAAGAGACGAAUGGGGAAAACAAAUGUUGGUUGGUUUGGCAGGGAAGCGUUGCGAAGCCGAGUUUUCAUAGGUUUCAUGUACAACAAUGCUUGACAGAAUCCUCUGCGAAGAAAGUUUUCAUGGAUGCCGGUGUUGUUCACUACUGGGAUCUUGCUGUCAAUUACUCAGACGACUAAAUCCUCCUGCUCAUAUCAUCAUCACCUUUAGAUGCUCUAAACUUUUGAGACAUGUUAUUGCGGUUCUGUGAACAUAUUCUUCCCCUUGUUCCGUUGUCUGGUAUUUUUAGUUUUGAACAAGAAUGAUCUGUUUCUACGAGGUUAUUAUUUCAGGAUGA